UGACUCCUGGGGACAGCAGCUCCAGGACUGCUGAGGGCCUGCGACAGCAUGAAGGCCCAGGAAAGCAAGGGGACCUUGGGCAGCGCACCCCCGGGAGCUGGGGUGGACCUGUUUUCCUGCCUCUGGUCUUCAGAGAGCAACAGCUGCUGGUCCCAGAACCCAAAACACAGCUGUCGACCAACCGCCAUGGCCCGACACACAGAAAGACUGAGGUCCCACCCACCAGGUGGCAAGGUCCUGGAAGGGCUGGAGGGGGCUGCCACUGAGACUGUCAGUUGGACUGGCCCCAGGCGGAGCCCACAUUUGAGAACGCCGGAAGGAGUGCCCGGGACUUGUGGCCUUUGAGCUGUGGUUUCCAGAGGUAGAAAUCCCCCGACAGCAGCUUUCCAAUUAUGGAAACUGGCUGGAAAGAUGUGUCCCUUGAGCCCUUGUACCACCUGGACUGCUGGCCUACAUCCUGAUCCUCAGCAAGCAGACAGCCAGAGUCAGCAGGGGGUGGGGACAGAGGGUCGCCUCCUGCUCAUUGCCCUGUGCUCCUUGGUCUUCUCUGCCGUCUACAUCCUCCUGUGCUGCUGGACCUGCUUGCCCCCUUGCCGGGCCACCUGCCUGGACCGACCCCUCCCUGUGGACUUCAGCCGCACCGCACCAGGGCCCUUGCACUUCAGUGGGUACAGCAGUGUGCCCGAUGGGAAGCCACUGGUCCGGGAACCAUGCCACAGCUGUGCUGUGGUGUCCAGCUCCGGCCAGAUGCUCGGUUCUGGCCUGGGCGCCCAGAUCGAUGGUGCCGACUGCGUGCUGCGCAUGAACCAGGCACCCACCGUGGGCUUCGAGGCGGACGUGGGCCGGCGCAGCACCCUGCGCGUGAUCUCGCACACGAGCGUGCCAUUGCUUCUGCGCAACUACUCGCACUACUUCCAGCAGGCCCGGGACACGCUCUACGUGGUGUGGGGCCAGGGCCGGCACAUGGACCGCGCGCUGGGCGGCCGCACCUACCGCACGCUGCUGCAGCUCACGCAGAUGUACCCGGGGCUGCAGGUCUACACCUUCACAGAGCGCAUGAUGGCCCACUGCGACCAGAUCUUUCAGGAUGAGACGGGCAAGAACCGGAGGCAGUCGGGGUCAUUUCUCAGCACUGGCUGGUUCACCAUGAUCCUGGCUCUAGAGCUGUGUGAGGAGAUCGUGGUCUAUGGGAUGGUCAGCGACAGCUACUGCAGGGAGCAGAGCCCCCCCUCGGUGCCUUACCACUACUUUGAGAAGGGCCGGCUGGAUGAAUGCCAGAUGUACCUGGCUCACGAACGCGCGCCGCGGAGUGCCCAUCGCUUCAUCACCGAGAAGGCCGUGUUCUCGCGCUGGGCCAAGAAGAGGCCGAUUGUGUUCACCCACCCAUCCUGGAGGGCCUAGUAGCUGCUGUGGGCAGCUAGCCGCCUCACUUCCGCCAGGCCCUCAUCCCAUCCUGGGCCACCACAUGACUCCUCGAACAUUUAAUUUAUGCCUCUUGCCUCCUGCCACAUGCCGGGUCAACCUAGGGCUCUUUCCUGCCCUAAUCUGGGGACACCCGGAGCGCUAUGCCUUGAGGGAGGUUGAAGGGGCACCUUCCCCACUCCCACUUCCCAAGGAAUCACAUCUUGAUUUUGGGGUUCAGCCCACCACCAGGUCUCUCAAGUGGCCUUUGCCCUGGGGUUAGUGGCCCCACUCACCAGCAGCAUGACCUGAGCCGGUCCACCCCAGCCACCUCUGGUGCCACCUUCUCAGACUGGGGCUCCGGUCAGGGGAGCCAGGAGCCUCGGGUUUGUGGGGCACAGGGGCCUCUGAGCAUAACUACCAGAGCCGUCUCCGGAGUGUACGGGUAAAUGCGUUUUCUGGACA